AAAAGCCUGUGUAUGCCAUUCCCAACAAGAGCAAACAGGCUUCUCAAGUGAGCAGCCAGAAGACGAGAAGUUCGUUGGAUGUCAUAAAUAAAAGGCAUUUUAAACAAACUCGGUUCCAGCCCAUCAUGACCGUGGACAGGAUUUACUUCCUCAUCGAGGACGAGAAGACCUGGACGAAGGCCUGGAACCACUGCCGCAGCCAGUACACCAACCUGGUGAGCGUGAGGAAUGCAGAGGAUGCUCGGAUCAUCGCGUCGCUGCCGCACGAGCCCCAGUGGAUCGGGCUCUACAACGACGGGCUCUCUGGGUGGAUGUGGGCUAAUGGAGACAAGGUCAGCUACACCAAAUGGGCCCUCUGGCACCCCUACACCUUCAACGCCACCCUGCCCAUGUGUGGCGCCAUACUCGACGGUGAAUGGCAUGAAGCAGACUGCGAUUUCCCGUUUGCCUUCAUCUGCUACAAAGACCUGAAAACCAAGGGGGAGAUCAGGCCUGCGAAAGUCAGACAGCCUGCAAAACUGAGACAGCCCGCGAACGGUGAAAUCCCUUCCGCUCCGAAAAAGGUCACAAACCACAGUGCUGCUGCGAAUGCCGGAGCUGGCUCCAAGAGGAUGUACCACAAGAUCCAGCUGGAGAUGACCUGGUCAGAUGCUCGCGAUUACUGCCAGCUCCAUCACACGGGGCUGCUGAGUAUUCGCAGCAAACAGGAGAAUGCAGCUGCCAGUAGCCUGUACGAGGACAUCAAGCUGGGCUGGUGCGGCCUGUACAAUGACCAGAAGACAAGCUCUGGCUGGAAGUGGGUGAACGGUGACCCCGUCAGCUACACCAACUGGAAGCCGGGGAACCCUUACCGCUACAACAUCAUGGCCCCGGUCUGCGUCUACGUCCAGGAGGGCAAAUGGAGUGAUGCCCCCUGCCGCUUCCUGUUCCCCUUCGUGUGUUACACCGAGCUUGCAGAACACGCCGGUGAGCAGACAUCCAGGCCUCAGUUAGUCUCUGAAAAACCUUCUGCCAACGAUGGUGACGAGAAGCAGCCACACAGAGUCUUGGAAAAGGGUUUGGCUGCCAGUGGAAUCCAGGAUGUGAACUUCCCCAAGCGGAACUACAUCCUUGUCAAGAAAGAGAAAACGUGGAGUGAGGCGCAGGAUUACUGCCGGGCCCAGCACACUGACCUGCUCAGCGUGCAGCACAUGUCAGAGAACCGCAAAGUCGCCAAGCUCCUCAAGGUGGACCUGGCCGCCUGGAUUGGCCUGUUCAACGAACACCAGUCUGAGUACGGCUGGAUGUGGACCAACGGGGAACCAGCCACCUUCUUCAAUUGGGACUCCUUCUACCCCAUGGAAUUCACUGCGAUGCCCGUCUGUGUUAUCAUGGUCAACGAGCACUGGAAGGACGUGCCUUGCGAUUAUAAGUUUGCUUUCAUCUGUUACUCUGAGAACGCUGCAUCCAGCACGCCCCCGAGUGGCUGAAUGAGUUGAGCGAGCUGGGGGGAUAGCCCUCAGAACCCCUCUCCUGCGUUCGAGAAGAGAUCGGGCCAGCUCCCAGCUUCCUCCCCACCUCCCUCGACAUUUCUGAAACGGAACUCAGGAGUUGCAGCGUCGGAUUCCAGCAACUUUUGCAGCCGGAUUCAUGUCAAACGAAUCGCGAUCAACCCUCCAGCAACGUCCCACCUUUAUGCAGAAACAGGCCACCCGGCCCAUCUAUUCGGUGCUGGUCUUUGCCUCUCGCGUGACCCCCACCCCCUUUCCGUCCUCGCUCACACAUUUUGCUGGCUGGGCCAGUAUUG